UAGAGUGGAGCCGCAAAGCGGAGGCAACCGGCACGGCAGGCGCACGCAGCACCCGGCUCCGGAACUACGGCCGCUGGGAAUAAGCAAGACACGCACGCACCGGCAACGACCCGCGGCCUCGUGCAGACGACGAGAUUGGGGUGUACUUCCCGGCUGCUGCCGUUGCUCCUGCUGGCCGGAUUACGCUUAAGCUGGACAUGUCUGCCACCGCCGGAUACGACUACGACUACGCGCCAGUGUACAAGCCAACUACGGCGCCCCUGGAUCAGGCCAAUGGACACCCGGCGGCCAAUGGCGCGCGGCCGGAGGACGACGUGCCGGCAUCAGCGGGGGCACCCGAGGGUGCCGUGCAGCUCAAGCGCCGCGUGGGCCUCCUCAGCGGCGUCGCACUCAUCGUGGGGACCAUGAUCGGUUCGGGCAUCUUCGUGUCACCAAAGGGCGUGCUCGAGCGGUCCGGCUCCGUAGGGCUGAGCCUGAUCGUGUGGGCAGGCUGCGGCGUCCUCUCCCUCUUCGGUGCGCUGUCGCUGGCCGAGCUGGGCACCAUGAUCCACAAGUCCGGCGGCGACUUCAUCUACAUCCUGACGGCGUUCGCGGGUGACCCUCCGGCGCGCGGUGGCAUCAAGCCCGUGCCGGCCUUCCUGCACGCCUGGACCACGGUGCUGCUGCUCAAACCGGCUGGCCUGGGCAUUAUGGCGCUCAGCUUCGCUAAGUACAUCGUGCAGCCAGCCUUCCCCGAGUGCGGAGACACGCCGCCCGUGCCUACCAAGAUGAUCGCCGCCGGAUGCAUCUGCCUGGUGACGUUCGUCAACUGCUACAGCGUCAAAUUGGCUACUCGGAUACAGAAUAUCUUCACCGUCACCAAGCUCGUGGCCGUGGCGGUCAUCAUCAUCGCGGGAAUGGUCAUGAUAGGCAAAGGCCACACGCAGUACCUGGCCACCGGUUUUCAAGGGACUACCUCCUCGGUGUCUGACGUUGCCACUGCCUUUUACUCCGGACUGUGGGCUUACGACGGAUGGAAUAACUUGAACUACAUUACGGAAGAGUUGAUCAACCCUUACGUAAACCUGCCCCGCUCCAUCCUGAUCGGGAUUCCCCUGGUGACUCUCUGCUACGUUCUCAUCAACGUGUCCUACAUGAGCGUCAUGUCUGCCACAGAACUGCUCGCUUCCGAAGCCGUCGCUGUGCGGUUCGGCAACCACGUGCUGGGGCCAGCGGCAGUGCUCAUCUCGCUCUUCGUCGCCGCCUCCACGUUCGGCUCUGGCAAUGGCACCACCUUCACCACGGCCAGGAUCGGUUUCGUGGCCGCUCGGGAGGGUCACCUGUCCGAAGUCCUGUCGUACGCACACGCGCGGAGACUCACCCCGGUGCCAGCCCUGGCUCUUAACUGCGCCCUGUCCAUCUGCAUGGUGUCGCUGGCUGACAUCGGCAGCCUGAUCGACUUCUUCAGCUUUGCGGCGUGGAUGUUCUACGGGGCCACCAUGCUGGCCCUCAUCAUCUUGCGCUGGACCAAGAAGGACGCGCCGAGGCCCUACAAGGUUCCCAUCGUGAUUCCGUGGAUCGUGCUGCUGUUGUCCAUCUACUUGGUGGCGGCGCCCAUCAUCCAGAACCCACAGGUGGAGUACGUCUACGCCUGCCUUUUCAUCGUCUCAGGGCUCCUUUUCUACGUGCCAUUUGUCCACUACAGGCUCCGGCUUGGCAUCAUGCGAAAAUUCACGAUCCUCGUACAACUGGUGCUCAACGUAGUGCCCACAACGUACAAAGACACAUCGCAGGACUAGGCCACGACGGCGUCGUCCCACGUGGACGAAGGGGUCCCUGCCCUGCACAGUUCUCCCGAUACAGCACGAGGUGGUCGGCGGCAGAGGGCAAACGUCGACUGUGUGGAUGGUGCCCGA